GGAGCAGGAGCAGGAGCAGGAGCAGGAGGAGGAGAGGAGGAGGGGAGAGGUCCGCAGUCGGCGGCGUCCGGAGGGGUGCGGGGGCUCCCGGGGAGCCGGUCCCCCCGAGGCCGGGGCUCCUGCCGCCGGGGGUCCCGGGGGUCCCGGCGCGUCGGCGGCCCCCGAUGUGAGGGUCCCCCGGGGGGGGGUGCGGGCCCCCCGGCCCCGGCCCGGGGAGCAGGGAUGGGGCCCGGCCCCGCCGCCCGCCUCCCGGCCCUCGGCCGCUCCCUGGGGCUCUGCCUGGCGCUGGCCCUCUGCUCCCGCGGCCACCGGGACCCCCAAGCCGCCGGACACGCCCUGUUCACGGAGACGCCCCACGACGUGACGGCCCUAGCCGGGGAGGACGUGGAGAUGUCCUGUUCCUUCCGGGGAAGCAGCUCGCCCUCCUACGCCCUGGAGAUCCAGUGGUGGUACGUCCGCAACCACGGGGACUGGGCCGACAAGCGGGCCUGGGCCGCCGAUCGUCAGCUCAGAGCGUCUCAGCACGAGGAGACCGGCAAGGAGGCCAACAAAAUCAGCGUGGUGAAGGUGUCCGGCGGGAACAUCUCGCACAAGCUGCGGCUGUCGCGGGUGAAGGGGUCGGACGAGGGCACCUACGAAUGUCGGGUCAUCGACUUCAGCGCCAGCCCCGCGCGCCCGCACAAGGUCAAGGCCUACCUCAGGGUGCGGACCCCCGGGCCGGGAGACCCCCCCCCCGCCUCCCACCUGCAGGACACCCGGCCGCCGGGCGGGGGGGGCCCCCGGCGGCGCCCGCCCCCCGAGCCCGCCGAGGAGCCGGAGAGACGCUCCGUCGACGGGGCCGACGGGGCCUGCUCCCCGUAGGCCGGGGGGGGGGUCUCCGGGCCGACCCCCUCCCCCG